AAAAUAAGAUCCCCGACCCUAGGUGGCGCUAAUUUACUCCGACCAAUAAUUUUUGAAACUACACUGGUGGUGCGCCAAAUUCAAAGAUCAGGAUGGAAAAGAUGGGUAAAUCGUCGGAAUUUACAGCGGCGUACAAAUUAAAAUCUGGAUCAUCUCUUCAAAAAAGAGAUGCCCGUCUUAGCCGGCGUUCCAUCGAAUGGAAAACACUGAGGGGAGAGGAAGUCAGUAAAAGAAGAAACCUUAAAAACUUGUCCCCACUACAAGAAGGAAAAGAGAACCUUUCCCAACGUUCUACAUACAAAGACAAAACUCCGACCAAACCCACUAAAGUUGACAAAGCUACAAAGCAAAAUGAAAUGAAAGCAAAACUGAAGAAAUGGAGAGAGGAAAAAGCAUUGAAAAAGAAAAUGGAAGCACAUGAAAAAGCAAAGAAAAGACCAUUUAUCAUAAAGCAUAUGGAGUAUAGCGAUAAUCUAGAAGUUUCUAAAGUUAAGAAGGGUGUUGCAGAGACCAGCAAGACUAAAUCAAGUACAAUGCCUCUCCAGGCUAAAUCAUUUAAUAAAGAAACUAAGGUGAACAAAUUUGAAACAGUGCAAAAGAGACAUGGCAAUUCAUCUGUAACUAAACAAGAUUCAACCAGAAAGAAGGGACCAAAUAAACCAGUGACAGAAAGAGUAACAAGGACAACCAAUCAGAGAGCAGGUAAAACAACCCAGCCUGCACAGACCAGUGUUAAGAAAAGUAAAGAUAAGAAAGCCCCUGUCAAGAAGAGUGCUCAAGGAGGUGUAGACAAGGCAACAGUUGAUCUGACCAAGGUGUCUACAGCCAGAGGAAUGUCAUUUGCCCCUGAGGAGUUUACUUUCACGGCUCCAAACAACUUGGUCUCUUUUGUCUUCAAACCUCUCAGCCCCACAAGUUCAGAAAACUUUCUGUACUCCAACAAUCCAGAUGAGACAGCUGUAUUUUCUUCUACUGAUCCAGGAAGAUGUUCAACACCAAAGAAAACACGAACUGCAAGUGUGGCACUUUCUGAUGAGGAGAAGACAGGAAACAAAAGCUCGAAGGAUGAUAAUGUUGCGAAUGUCCCCACUGACUCAACUAGAAACAGAAGACAAACACGCUCUCAAACAAAAUCUGUGUCACAGAAAAAUGAAUCUCUGAAUUCUGUAGAAAAGUCGUCUGCAAUUGAAACAAAACCUACUUCAAGAAAGUCAACUGCCAAAGAGGUAGAAACUCCAUCUAAGUCCAGGAAAUCAAUGGAAAAAACUCCUCGCUCAAGAAAGUCUGUAAGUAAUGCGCUGAGUGCUGGUCCUAAGCCAGAAUCAAGGAAGAGGUCUUCAAGCAGAGAGCUCCCCUCCCGGUCUCGGUCCAGAAAAAGAUCCCACAGUCGGGAUGAAGAAAGUACGACAAAAAGGAGAAAGUCACGAAGGUCUGUCAGUGUUAAACCUGGUGGAAACGUUAAAGUGGACGUGAUUAAUUCACCAGAGCAGCAGCAGAAAGAAACAAGUGAUAGCACAGAUCAGGUUAUGGAAGAUACUGAAAUGACCAAAGACAAUGAGGUGGAAUCAGCAGAAACUUGUGAUCAACAGGAUAAUGAUGAAUUGGGUUCCACUAGGUCUGUAAAACUCACGAAUCAUAGUCUGACAGUUGAAGUUACAGAGGAUAUCAAUGAUAGUUUAAAUGAGCCCAAAUCAUCACCCUCAGUGCCAAAAAGAAAAUCAAGACGGUCUAUUAAAACACCAUGUACACUUUCUGAAGAUGUCAAAGAGAUUUCAAGUAAGAAUACUGAGAAGGAGAUAGUUGAGGAAAAACCAUCAGUAAAAGCAAGAAGAAAAUCUAGAGUUUCAGUUAACUUGGAAAAUGGAAUUUCUGAUAAUACAAAAGAACUGGCAUCUGAAUUGGAAGAGAGCAAUGAGGUGUUUGCAGAGGAAAAUUCAUCUCCAGCGCCAAAGAGAAAAUCCAGACGAUCCAUCAGAAUGAGACCAGAUUUUGCUGAAAUCCCAGAAGAUUUGACAGCAGGGAACAAAGAAAACUCUAAACCAAAGCAAGUCACUCGGCGCUCUGUGGCUGUGGUGGACGGCUUCAAGCUCCCGUCAGAGUCCAUGUCUGCUAAACGUACCAAGCCAAAGCAGAGAAGGCAUACCCUCCAUGUGCAUAGGAGUCCUGAGGAAUGGGUGGAGAUUCUGAAGAGCAGUCCAAUGAUUGAAAUGACUAGAAAGACUCCCAAACAAAAGUCUCCAGUGUCAAAAAUUCCAUCUUUAGACUUGGAGCUUGAUCUUGAUGACCUUGACCUGCCACCAAAAGAGGACAUCAAAAGUGACCUAGAUAUUUCCAAGGUCAUCAUGGCAAACCUGAACUCCUCUGUAUUGACUGAUGAAGAUGUUGCAGCAGUUGAAGAGACCUUAGAAUCAAGUGCCAAAGAAAUGAAUACCGAGGAAUCAACACUGGAGAAGAAGGGGGUAGAAUCUAUGGACACAGAUGAAAUGGCUGCCGAUACAGUGGUACCAUUACAAGAGUCUACGUCUGGAAUUAAUAGUACAGAAGGAAAACAAGAACCAGAACAUGAUGUAAAGUACUUCAGAAAUCUUUUGUCAUCAGAGACUAACAGGCUUAAUGCCUUGAGUGAGAAGUGGGAAGGAAUCAACACCCCAGAUCUCUCAGAAGAGGUGCAAGGACAGAUCCGCACAGUGAUAGGACAAGCCCAGCUGUUGAUAGCUCAAAGAUUCAAACAGUUCACAGGCUUAGUUGACAACUGUGAAUUUAAGACCGGUGAGAAGGAGACAACUUGUACCGACCUACAGGGGUUCUGGGAUAUGAUUUACUUUCAGGUAGAAGAUGUAGAUAAGAAAUUUGAAGAUUUACAAGAGCGAAAGGAAUCAGGAUGGGUGAAGAAAUCCCCAGAACUAGUCAAAAAAGUUGUCAAAAAAAAAGUUGUCAACAAGCCAGUGAUUAAGAAACCUGUCAAGUCUAAGUUUGCUGCCUUUAAAGCUAGCCUGAAAGCCUCUACCGCUCCUGCUCAAACCAUUGAACAUGACUGGGGUCUCUUCAAAGUGACCAGUCCUAUUAGGAAACCCACCUAUCACUGUGAAGCUGGUUCACCCAAGCCAAAGUCAGUUGAGUCACCCAAACCAAAGGAGGAGUUGCCCAUGCCCCUUCAGCCAAAAUCAGGAGAGGAAAUUGAACCAAUGGAGGACAGUACAUCUCAGCCAGCAGUGGUUCAGGAUAAGCCCCCUGCUAUCCUGGUGGAGGAUGUAGCUAUGAUUAGAACCCCCAAAAGACAGAGCUAUGUCCCUGUUAUACCCAGUCCUCUUCUGCAGGAUUCUACCCCUCAGCCUCGCUUCACACGGAGCCUUCUGAAGGCCACUCCCUCCGGAAACCAAACAGAGGAAAAAACCGAGACACCAAGACCAAGAAGACAAUCACUCAGGAGAUCCAUCAAUAUGAAGAGGAAAUCAGUGUCCUUUGUUGAAGAGCCAGUGAAGCCUGAGUCUCCCGCUGAUGAGAGCUUCUCUAAGUACCUACAGCCCUCUCAGCCCAUCCCAGAGGAGACCGAGAGCCCGGUCAGUGUGAUGGACAGUUACUUCAGUGUGGAGGAAGAUGAUCAUUCUCGUCUCAGCUCGGGUGGGAAAGCUCUGAAGACUACACUGAAACAGUCCAGGAGAAGAUCUGCCAGGAGGAGUGUGUCAUUUUGUAGUCCACUGCCAGAGAAAGACAAAUCCUGUCUAAGACACCCUCCCACCCCUCACAGAUCAUUAGUUGAUGACCCAGAUUCAGACUCAGACAGUCAGAGUGACACAGGCUCCAAGUUCUCCAGUCUUAAUGUGGCCUUCACUCCAGUAACAAGGUCUACACGAUCAAGACCAAGCUUACUCUACACCCCACCAGAUCUGCAGGAGACUCCAUCUAAAGGAAUGUCAUCUGAAGUGGCUACAGGUACCCUGAUCUCCUUCACACCCUAAUGACAUUGAUGGACACAACGAAUUGAAUGGAUGAUGACAUGUAGAUGGCAGUAGUGCUGGCAGACAUUUUCUGAUUUUUUUUCUCCUCUACUUUCAUUAUCUUCAUAACCUUUUUUAUAGGACUGUGUGAAUGAUCAAGUAUGAUUUUUUUUUGUAAUAUGUGUGCAUGAUGAAAGGUGGAUUCUGAUGUAAGAUGUGAGGGUACUAUUGUAUUUUUGAUUUUUAGUUAUUUAACCCCUUUUUAUGUUAAAAUAUGUACAAGAAAACAUUUUUAUUUCAUUGUUUGUAUCUUUAAAUCAUUUGUUUAUGUAAUAUAGGAUAUGAAGAAUAUUAAAAACCAAUCACAUGUAUGUAAUUCAAUGCAGAUUUUUUUUUUAAUUG